GUCGUCGGUGUGGCGGGCGUCGCGGUGGGUUACAGCACGCGGUCUCUGGGUUUUGCGCUACGGAAGGUCAGCGCUGAAAAUCUCCCGAUGUCGUAAAACUGCGACGUUACACUUGUGACGCACCCAACAAUUGUGAACGGGCCUCUUCUCGUGUGAAGAACAACCAACAAACACCGUCGUAGGCUCACCGCGAACGACGACCGGCCGUCAACCUAUCGUCAAAGGAGAAAACGUCCCACGGGCUAACCUCGAAGAAAUCUGAUAGAAUGGCCGUGGCAGCGGUGUCUUGGGAACUUUACGAAAUGUUCGAAGCGUUCCUACGGGCUCCCGCAUAUCAUCUGGCGCUGGAAGCUCUCUUGUUCGUGUGGGUCCUCUGGUUGCUGCUUCGUAAAAGUACGCCCGCUGAUGCCGGCAAAUCGAAACUCACUGAAAAGGAAAAGGAGGAGCUCAUUGCUGAAUGGCGGCCAGAGCCACUGGUAUCAAGCACCCCGCCCAGCGAUUAUGUGGUUAAUCCGAGGAUAAUUUCCAGCAAAGUUGGCCGGACUGUGGUCGUGGAUGGCCGGUCGUGCCUGAACCUGGCCAGUCACAACUACCUGGGCCUAACUGAGCUGGAGGGAACCCAGGAGGCUGCCAUUGGAGGCCUGCGGCGUUACGGUGUUGGCUCGUGUGGGCCCCGGGGAUUCUUUGGAACCGUUGACAUUCACCUGGAGCUCGAGAGCCGCUUGGCCGAGUUCAUGGGUGUCGAGGAGGCGUGCCUCUACUCGUACGGCUUUUCAACCAUCUCGAGUGCCAUUCCCUCCUACGCCAAGCAGGGAGACGUCAUAUUUGCGGACGAGGAGGUGAACUACGCCAUCCAGAUGGGCCUUCUGGCGUCACGCAGCAAGAUCUACUACUUCCGGCACAACGACAUGGGCGACCUGGAGCGUCUGCUUCUGGAGCAGCAGGAGCGGGAUGUGGCCGACCCCAAGAAGGCAAGUGUGACACGCCGCUUCCUCGUUGCCGAGGGCAUCUACGCCAGCACGGGUGACAUCUGCCCUCUGCCAGAACUGGUGAAGCUGCGCAGGCGCUUCGAGCUGCGGCUAUUCCUCGACGAGACCUGCUCGUUUGCCGUGCUGGGCCGUACGGGGCGCGGCCUACGCGAGCACUUUGACAUUCCCAGCAACGAGGUCGACCUGAUGUGCGCCACCCUUGAGCAUGCCGUGGGCUCGUAUGGGGGCUUCUGCUGCGGCACUAGCUUUGUUGUCGAUCAUCAGCGACUGUCUGGCCUGGGCUACUGUUUCUCAGCAUCUCUGCCGCCCCUGCAAGCGUCUGUGUCUCUACAGGCCAUCAACCACCUGGCAUCCCAUCCAGAGCUGUUGAGCCAGCUGAGGCAGAACUGCCUCCGAGUUCACGAAAAACUGCAAAGGAUCGCGCAGUUGCGUGUAGGUGGUGAUGCUGAGUCACCUGUCAAGCACCUGUACGUUGCUGGCAGUCGCCCAAAGGACGAAUGUGCGAAGCUUCUCGAUGAUAUCGUUCAUAAGGCAUGGGAGGCAGGUGUAGCACUGACCCGUGCCCGGUACCUCGAAGACCGCGAGCACAACCCCAAAGAAGCGAGCAUUCGCAUUGCAGUUUCGGCCUCUCUGACCGAAGAGGACAUCGAGCAUGCCUACACCGUCAUCCGACAAGCGGCCGAAGCUGUGCUGGUGUGACGACAAAAAGGGCCGAAGCUAAUUGUUUCUUCGUUAGCUCUGGUUUCCGUUUCCUUCUUCGAGGUUUACGUUUCCCCAUUCUGUAUCAGACUGGCCAGCUUCCAGUACUGCUGCCACCGUGCGACCCAGUCUGCAGGUUCGGCAACUGCGAAUUCGAAGCACGUAUGGCGACGACAUUUUGUGCGUGCUGGAGCCAGUGGCUUACUGAAUGAAUUCCGUCACAUGGACAUUGUGCAAUGUUCUGCUGUUUUGAGGACAGUUGCGUGACUGCUAUUUUUUUUAAUGACGUGGCCAGUCAUAUAGUGUUUGAAUUGCGGGACCUUGCUUGUGGCAGCCCUGCGUUACGGUAUGUAGAGAGAGCUUUGCCGCGAAGCUGCCACCUCGUGGGGUAGAAGUGUUGGAGCACUCAUGCCUUGCAUCUGCUGCGCUGUUGUUUCGCUAAAUUGAUAUAAAUUGACGCAAGUAAUAAUGUUCUUGAAACGUUCAGAAGACCUUCAAGGUAUUUUCUUUGACAAGCUCGUUAAAAGUGGCGAGACAGCACAAGAUUAAACAUUUUCUGAUAUCGUCGUUAGAGUUUUGUAUUGCUGUGGCAUGAAUGCUUUUUAUUCUCUUCGUUUCUUCAUUUUCUUUUUAAUCCGAGACGUAGUUUCUGCAAAAGAAGUAUCAGUGUCUUUGGCAUAGUGCGUAUGGGUGUCAUUUAACCUCAUCAGGCAUGAGUAUGUUUGGAAGGUGGUCUUCCAUUUAGGUUGCUGUUGGCACGGUCAAGAUGACUGACAUUGCGUAUUCAGCACAGGCAGCUGCUUGGCAUGUGGGCUGGUGCAACCGUUUCUUUUUUUUCUGUUGUGCUUGUUGCUGGGCCUUUAGCUGCAACAGUGCCUUGAGGAGAAGCUUGUUAUAUUAUCUGUUCUUAUGCUAGCGCACGACGAUACAUGUCUUGUAGGAUGCCUCUCGGUGCCCCUUUGUACACUAGAAGGCAUGGGCCUGCUUUUUUGUUUCCUAUCCCAGACAUUUUGCUUCCCAUCAGCCCGAGAGUGCUUGCUGAUGGAGCACUACAGUCUUUGCAUAUGUAAAUAGGAGCAUGAAAUGUGUGAACGUCUCGCACCCGAUGCUAAUGGCACUCAGUUGGUGUAGACGGUUUUUAUUCUUUCGUGGCAGUUUGCGACGGUUGACGGUGCAUUAAUGCUAGCACAAUGGCUGAGCCAGCAUUGAAAAGGUGGUGAUACGAGAGCUCUCGUUUGGGCACGUCUCCAAAGAACGGUCAGUGCGGAAAAAGCGCCUAAAAAGACAUCAGUGCGAGUUCGGACAUAACCCCUGUUGACGCGAAAUUCGCAUAGUCAGAAAUUCCUUGCAUGGAAUGUGUCUGUUUUUAUGUCCGACGGUUCACAGAGUGCCUAGGACACAAACUUUGGGAAAGUUGGCAUGACCGCCAUUAUCACAACCAGUAAAUAAUGAGAUUUAUGAACUUUAUUUUCAACUAACCCUAGCAACUUAAUUGGUGCAGGCAUAGCCAUGUGCAUUUAGUAAUAAAACGAUGGCUUUAUCAUAUAUAAGCCAAGCUAGUUAAUAUCGAUACGUUUUCUUGCCAGACUCGUAGUUGCUGUUGUGACUCCAUGAUGACCUCCAGACAUGUUUGUUUCAAGUUAUGUGCAGCAUGGUAAAUGAAUGAAACAAAAGGGGGGUUUUGAGGGCUUGUUUCUUUGUUUGACACAGCUGGUCAUGGUUUGUCAGUGGUUUUCAUUAAGGUUGUGCAGCACGGUACUAACUGUCAUCUGAGGAAGGGGCCACUUGGUGUUGCUCCUUCAUUCUUGCAGAUAAAGUCAGCAAGCAUAAAGAGAGACCCAACCAACUCUUCAAUAACCAUGGGACUAAUUGUUGUGGUUCCAUGCAUUUUUCUCGUGUUAGUAUGGAUCCUCUGAAGGGACAAAAGAAGGGGGAUUUUAAGGGCUUGUUUUCCUUUGCUAGACACAACAUCAAUCAGAACUAACAGACAACAAAGCCAAGGAAAGUAUAGUGGAUGUUAUUUGUAGUAAUUAUGAUGUAAAUGUGAAGAAAGUAAUGAGGACGAAUAACUUACUGCCGGCAGGGACCGGAUCCUCUUAGGUAGAGAGAAGCUCGUAUCACAGUACACUCAGACCUCAUUAUAACAAAGUCACAUCUGCCACGAAAAUAACUUUGUUAUAUCCGAAAAUUCGUUAUAAACGAUUAUUUGUAACAUUGUAUCUAUGACAAGACUAUUCUUCAUUUACUUCGUUAUAACCGAUAAUUCGUUAUUUCCAUGUUCGUUAUAUCGAGGUUUGAGUGUAGUAGGUGUAGUCCGUUUUACAUUUCAACGGCCUUGGCUUUAUUGUUCUGAAACAAAAGAAAGAAAAAAAGUGCUGCACAGAACAGACUACAAAGAAUUGCUGGGAUGAAAUCUUCAAGAAUGAAAGAACAUAAAGGAGUCAACGUCAAACAAUUCUAACAGAUAUGGGUGUGUAAGGAACAUAUAGUUGCAACAGGCAUCACUUGUGACAGAGGUAGUUGUAUAUCGUACGCAACUUCCUUCGGAAAAGGUACAACAGUGGCUACAGGUUUGCAACGCUAUAGCCAUAAAAA